AUGCUUAGAAUGGAAACAGCAAAUAACUCAAACCCAGCAGACUUGGGAACUGCAAAGGAUGCAGAGGGGGAAACCUGCAAAGAUGUGAAGAAGAAAGAGCGCAAUACCACAACUAGUGGUUGGGUAAUAAGAUUUCGUAAGCGACAUGGAAAUGAAUGGUUAGAAGAAAUAGAUCGAGACUUCCUACGUGAUUAUACUAAUCUUACAGGAUUAGAUGAAGAGAUAUGCUAUCUAUCACACGGACUUCAUAUCAUCCUGAGUGAUGGAUUAUACUUAGAUUCUAACGGAAACAGUAAAAUACGUACGAAGAACGAAGGUAAACAUCUUGAAGCAGCUGAGAUGUUAUAUAGCUUAGUACAUGCACGCUAUAUGCUUACAAGCAAAGGAUUAGAAAAAGUGUUUAAGAAGUACAAGGAAGGAUUUUAUGGUUUGUGUCCAAGAUAUUACUGCGAGAAAACAACAGUUUUACCAAUUGGAAUGUCGGAUAAACUUGGUCAAGGUAAUGUGAAAACAUAUUGUCCAAGUUGCGAGGAUAUAUAUCACACGGAACUACCUGGAAACGAACCUACAGAUGGAGCUUCUUUUGGCACAAGUUUACCACAGAUGUUCUUUAUGGCUUACCCAGCACUUCAUCCCAGUCCAACAUUAGGUCACUAUGUACCCAAAUUGUUUGGAUUUAAGAUACACGGUUCAGUGGAAUACCAACACAGCGAAAUUACGGGGUUCAAGAUGCGUCAAAAGAGCCAAACAAAACAUCACUGUUCAAAAUCAGGUGAAAAAGAUAAGCUGAAAGACAGCUGUAAGGAAAACGAUCCAUCACAAGAUAAUACAAAGGACAAACUACCUGAUAUUCAUGGACACUCUCUAAUGGAAAAAACAAAAGACAUUAAUGGACAUUUUCCUGAGAAGACACCAAGAAAACGACGGCGACGUAAGAGAACUACAGAGAUAAAAGUACAAUAAAGUCAAUAAAGAUACAUUACAUUUAUCCCCAAGAGCCGCACAGGUCAGGAUGAGUAAAAUUCAAGAAUUUUCAAGGUCAUGUAACAGGAAAUUCAAGGACUUAAGGGCAGUAAAAAGUGACGUUGAAUUGUUCAAACCGCAAUGGAUUUCAACGACU